AUGUCAUCUUCAGACAAACAACCUUCGGCCUCAGACGCAGGCCUCAAGAUAUGGAGCUGCGUCAUCUGUCGUCGUCGCAAAGUCCGUUGCGACAGACGAGAUCCAUGCUCAAACUGCGUCAAGAACAACAUUGAGUGUCACUUCCCAGUGACCGGUCGCAUCCCUCGACGGAACCAGAAUCCAGGUGCCUACAAGUCUCCGGCACAGAAGCAGUCGGAGCUUCUCAGUCGUCUUAGGCGUCUCGAGUCCGUUGUGACAGAGCUUGCAGCACAGGUUGAAGAUGGUUCUCAGGAUCCCAGGGCUGCGAUAGCUCCAGGACCUUCUGGGGCAGCCAGCAUCUCGAGCUCAGAGACAGGUCCAACACCGGCGGGAUCUGAGGAUCCUUCUGUGACCGAGUCUUCAUUGACGACCUCCUCCACUAGCCAACAAGCUGGUAGUGAAUAUGAUGAAGAGUUUGGUCGUCUAGUCGUUGACAAAGACGGCGGCCUCCACGUCGGAAAUCGCUUCUGGUCCGUCUUUUGCGGCGAGGUGGACAACAUCCUACAAGCAGUCCAUGAUGUUGCCGAGUACUCCGGGCCAUCUAGCGACUCGAUUAUGCCAGAGCCUGGUCUUGAAAGUGGACCAUCUCCUCUCAGCCAUCUGGGCUUCGUCUUUGGCAAUGCCGACUUUGCCAAGGCUCUUGAUGGCCUCAACCCCAUGCCUUCUCAGAUGUUGUUCAUCUGGCAGGCAUACGUUGAGAACGUAGACCCCUUCAUCAAGGUCCUUCAUGUUCCGACCGUCGAAAAGGUCGUCCGUGAAUUAAGAGGCAACUUCAGUUCCUACGGUGCCAACAUGGAGGCGUUGCUCUUCGCAAUCUCACUCGCGGCGAUUACAUCCAUGAACGAAGAAGCAGUGUCGUUCAACUUCAACACACCAAAGUCCCAACUCAUACAGCGGUAUCAAUUUGGAACUGAGCAGGCACUCGCACGUGCAGAUUUUCUCGUCACCAAAGACAUCAUUGUCCUCCAAGCACUCGUUAUUUACCUCUCCCUGCUUCCUCAUCUAGGAUCCAAGGAAAAGGUAUGGCCAAUGAUGGGCCUAGUUCUAAGGCUUGCAAAGUCGGCUGGACUUCACCUCGACGAUACUAUACAUACAAGGAGUCAACUGGAAGUGGAAACCAGGCGGCGCCUGUGGUGGCAGAUCUGUUUCGUGGAUUCCCAGAGUCGGAGGGCUGAGGCUCCUGAGCUGUCCAUCACGUCGUCGUCCUUUGACACGAGUAUACCCUCGAACUUGGACGAUAUCGACCUGCCUAACGGGGCGCCAUCUCACUUGCCAGUAUCCCAUGAGAAGCCAACAGCUACAACACUUUGUCUCAUCCGCUGCGAGCUGUGGCGACUGACCCAGUCGUUACGCGACAACAUAACCAAGAGCCCAGGAUCCCACAUUGAGCUUCUCAAUCUGACCAAGACAAAGAUCGAGACCAAAUAUCUCCGCCACCUCCAGCUAGACAGGCCUUGGGAUAGUUUCAUCAAGACCAUGACAACACUCUUCUUCUCCAAAGUCGAGCUCCUCGUCCGUCGACAACCCAGCUCACAGCACUCGAUCAAGACGUCCCUAGAGCCAGUCAUGAACACCCUCAAAUCCGUCCAUGCCCUCAAGUCAAACCCUUCCUGGGCGAAUUUGCCAAUCGACUCUUGUGGUAACCGCUUAUACACCGGUGUCCAGGCGAUAAUGACAUUCCGCGCAUUGUACACACAACUCUUCCCCCCAACACCGCCGCUCACCGAAGACAAUGUUCCCUCACAACGCGGAAAGGUGUUUAUUGUGACGGGUGGAAACUCAGGUGUUGGGUUCGAGUUGUGCAAGAUCCUCUACACCACAGGGGCAACGAUCUACAUGACCUCCCGAUCGGAGGAACGCGCAAUGAAUGCUAUCAAGCAAAUUACAAGUAGCGAACCAGCCCCUGCCAACCCCGGAGUGCUCAAUUUCCUUCACCUGGACCUCAACGACCUCCACUCGGUCCGGGUCUCGGCAGCCAAGUUUGCCAGCCAAGAGGCCAAGCUCGACGUCCUCUGGAACAACGCCGGAACGGGCGGAUACCGUGUCUCGCCAGGAGCCAAGACGGCCCAAGGCCUUGAGGCCAUGGUGGGCAUGCAUUGCGUGGCCACGCUGCUCUUCACCACCCUCCUUUUACCGCAACUCCGUGACGCGGCGUCUGGGGCUGCGAGGGUUGUCUGGACGUCUAGUAUCGUUGCGGAUCAAGGAUCACUACCCAAUGGCAUCAACUUUGAUACCCUUUCAACAGGCACACCAGACCGUGUGCUCAACUACGCCGUCUCCAAAGUCGGCAGCUGGAUGCUCAGCCGUGAACUGGCCCGUAGACACGGCAGCGAGGGCAUCAUCAGCGUCGCCCAGAACCCAGGCAACGUCAAGGGCGGUUCGUACGAGGGCACCCCAGCCGCGACCAUGUUCCUCCUCAACCGGUUCCUGCUCCACCCUUCCAAGUUCGGGGCGUACACGGAGCUCUACGCCGGGCUGUCCCCCGACAUCACUCCCGGCGACAACGGAGCCUACAUCAUCCCGUGGGGGCGGAUCCGGCCGGACGCCGAGUGCCCACGCAGAGACAUCGUUCACGCCAUGUUGACCGAGGAGGACGGCGGGCUGGGAUAUUGUAGCAAGUUGUGGGACUGGUGCGAGGAGCAGUGGCAGGCAUAG